AUGGAUACAACAACAACAACCCAAGAGACUAAGGAAGCCCUUGAGAAGAUUAUACAUGUGGAAAGAAGAAAUCAUGUUCCCACACAUUCUCAAAAGUGUAUUAAGUACAAGUCUAAUAAUUCCCAAGAGAGGAUUAUUAAGAUGUUGGGCAUGCCGGUGGAUCCUAUUGAUCCACCCAAGUUCAAGCACAAGAAGAUCCCUAGGGCUUCUGGUUCCCCACCUGUGCCCCUUAUGCAUUCUCCUCCUCGUUCCAUCUCGGUGAAGGACCAACUGGACUGGAAUAUUCCCCCUUGUAUAUCAGAUUGGAAGAACCCCAAAGGUUACACAAUCCCACUUGAUAGGCAUAUUGCUUCUAAUGGCAGAGGACUUCAGGAGGUCCACGUCAAUGAUAAUUUGGCAAAAUUUACGGAGGCUCUAAAUGUUGCAGAAGAGCAAGCCAGAAAAGCAGUUGCAAUGCGGUUCAAAGUUCAGGAAGAGAUUAUGUUGAAACACAAGGAAAAUAAAGAAAUGGAACUACGAGAGUUGGCCUCCAAGGCAAGAUCUGAUCAGAAAAAUGCUGCAUGUCUCAUGAAUGAUAUGAAUUAUGAACGUGCAAGAGAAGACCGAUUACAGAGAAAGAAAAUAUUUGAGGAACGAUGCAGUGAGAGGAGAUUAGAGGCAACAAUGGGUGGUGAGAAGAAGAGAAAGAUCACCAGAGAUAGAGACCGUGAUAUCAGUGAAAAGUUGGCUCUUGGGAUGGCUUCUACAUCAAGAGGAGGAGAGGUCAUGAUAUAUGACCAGAGAUUGUUCAACCAGGAGAAAGGGGUGGCUUCUGGAUUUGCCCCUACUGAUGAUGCCUACAACAUCUAUGAUAGAGGCCUAUUUACUGCUCCUCAUCAGCCUGCACUUUCUAUUUUAUACAGACCGAACAAAGAUGUGGAUUCUGAUAUGUAUGGAGGAGGUGCUGAUGAGAAGACAGAUCGUAGCUUUAAGCCUGACACAGCAUUUGUUGGAACAUCUGAGAGACGAGGUCCAAGAGAUACACCGGUGAAAUUUGAAGCUGAUCCAUUUGGUUUGAACCAGAAUGUGAGGAAGCUGGUUGGGAUCAGCAUGAUGGUUCAACAUACAGCAAAUAAAAACACUUAA